AUGAUCAGAGUGGAAAAGCGCUCACUAAACACGGCGGGUCGCUGCUCCUCCGCCCCCUCCGCGGCCGGACGCUGCCCGCAGGCUCCGCGCCGGCCGGGCCCGCACGGACCGAGACCGCCAGGACCGACAGAGCUGUCAGCCCCGGGGACGGGACACUCGCCCGGCCAGCCCGGCUGCACGCAGCGAGGAGCGACGCUCUUCGCUCACACCACCGCAGAAGCGGCGGAAAGCCCUCUGCACCCGCAGCAAGGCAGGGAAGGGGAGGACGGCAGGGCUCUCUUGCCAGAGGCAGCGGACACCCCGUGCCAGCCCCGACCGAGCGCCACGCGGGCAGUGCCCCGCCGGAGCCAGCGGCAGACCGGCCUGCACCGGGCACCCCGCCCCACAAGCGCCCCCGCACCGCCCGAGUGCCCGCUCUGCGGGGAGGCGGCGGGGCGGGAGCUGCAGGAGCACGUCAGGGCGCGGCACGGGCACCUGCUGGGCGCCCCGGGCUCGGACACAGGAGAUGGUGAACAACUAUAUGAAUGUCCUAUGUGUAGUCUUACCUGUACAGACAUUCGGAUACUUGAAGAACAUGUGGAUUUACACUUAGAGGAACAUAGCUUUUCAGAAGGUGAAAACAUUAGAGAUCUAGAGCUGGCUCAGCAACUCCAAACUGAAGAAGAUGAGCGGCAGAGAUCAGAAGAAGAGAAGCGAGAGAGGGAAGAAUUUAAAAAGCUGCAGAGACAGUAUGGCUUGGAUAAUUCUGGUGGCUUCAAGCAGCAAUUUCUAAAGAAUAUGGAAAGAGAAGUUGAUAGAGGAAGGAUGCAGCCCUUUGAAUAUCAUAAGAGGAAAGCUGACAUAAUGGAAAGCUUGGCUUCUGGUAUAGAUGAUGGGAAAACGAAGACAUCAGGAGUCAUUGAAGCAUUAUGCACGUACUAUCAGAAUGAGAGCAAAGAUGUGAGGCGUGUGUGGCUUUCAGCAGGAGUAGAUCACUUCCACUCAUCUUUGGGCGACAGAGGCUGGGGUUGUGGUUACAGGAAUUUCCAAAUGCUCCUUUCCUCACUGUUGCAAAACAGCUUCUACAACGACUGCCUUAGAGCAAGUCUUACAAGGUCAAUGAUACAUCUUAAAUAUGGUUGUUAUACCACUGGAACUUACCGUGAAAGAGUCAGAGAUACUACACUAAUUCCUAGUAUCCCAAAGAUUCAGUCCAUGAUUGAAGAUGCCUGGAGAGAAGGUUUUGAUCCUCAUGGGGCAUCUCACUUCAACAACAGAUUACAUGGUUCCAAAGCAUGGAUAGGAGCAUGUGAAAUUUAUUCACUGUUAACCAGUCUCAGGAUAAAGUGCCAAAUCAUUGACUUUCACAAACCCACUGGCCCUAUGGGUACACACCCUCACUUGUUUGAGUGGAUUUUGCAUUACUAUUCUAAAGAUAAUGAAGGUGGUGCAAAGGUGGUGUGUACUUCCAAACCACCUAUCUACUUGCAACAUCAAGGUCAUAGUCGUACUGUUGUUGGAAUAGAGGAGAAGAACAACAAAAGCUUGUGUUUGCUAUUGUUUGACCCGGGAUGUUCUUCCCAGCAAAUGCAGAAACUGCUGAAACAAAACAGUGAUGGAACUGGUCUCAGACUACUUCGGAAAUUUGUGGGUAGCCUAAAAGAAAAGCAAUACCAGAUAGUGGCUGUAGAUGGGGUGCUCUCUUUGGAAGAGAAAGCUGCUCGCUGCCGUGCUUCUCAGGUCUUAACAUCAGAGAAGAUUCCUUAAAGGAUACCUUUGUAACCUGCUUCUGGAACUUGCUGGGUGCAAAACAAUAAACUUCUGGACCAUGGACCCUAACUCAACAAUUUUUAGACUUAAACUCUGUCUCCAUAAAUACUUGGGAGCUCUGAGGAAGUGCAACUCUGGAGUAAACCUGUAGUUUCUGUGUUCAAUUAAAACUCUGGCAUCCUGAUACAAAUGAAGUAUUGUGGUCCAUGUCUUACUAGAAAAUGUGUUGUUUUCUUAGUUGUUUAGAAUUAGCAACACCUA